AUGGGACCUCGGCGAUUCAGGCGACAGGCUAUUGUCGCGACUGUCCUGGUCGCCACGAUCCUCUGGUUAAUGCAUUCUUUCGAAUAUGAGAAUGCAGAUCUGGCCAGUAAUACGCCGUUGCUACUGAAAUACAUUCAUCCGCCCAGUGAAAAAGGAGGUGUAUGGUAUAUUCCUCCUUCAUGGCUGGACAAUGCUACGUCUAAACCAGAAAGUAUUGUUAAAGCGGCCAAACUAGCUUCUGACAAAACACAAGCGCCUCAAAGGCAGAUACCCCUCUCCAGCAUUCCGAUGAUCGUCCAUCAAACAUGGAAGAAUACUGAUCUGCAGACCUGGCCUCAGCCAAUCCGUCAGAGCACGGAGAAGUGGCUCCGAGCAGUUGAAGCUGAUGAGAUGGCCUACUUCCUCUGGGACGACGACGGGAUCAACCAGUUUAUCAAACACUUUGAGCCGGGACUGGAGACGCAGUUCUACGCGCUUGCCAGCAACGUCGAAAGGACUGAUGUCUUUCGUGUUCUGGUUUCGAAGUGGAUCGGUGGUGUUUAUGGAGAUAUGGACACCGAACCUCUCCGCAAGCCCAAAGAUUGGAUAAACGCCUCGGACAUCCAGUCCUGGCGGGACACGGAAACAGGCGACGUGUACAGGUCCACCAAACCUGUUCGCGCAGUCGUCGGCUUGGAGGCUGAUUGUCCCCCGAUAUGGGCUUUUGCUUGGGCGCCGGGACAUCCGAUCCUCCAGAUGUUUAUUGAUAGGUUUUCUGCGGCGAUGCAGGAGAUGCCGAGUGAGGCAGUCGAUCCGCUGGUUAUGACCGGCCCGGUUGCGUUCAGCGAGGCGGUGCAGAGUUGGUUGAGGGAGACUACAGGGCUACGGUGGAAUGCGCUGACGGGAUUGCAUGAUGGGGGAGGAGCAAGCAAAUAUGGCAAUAUGGGCUCGAAGCCCCCGACAGACCCGUCUGCGCGACUACUCCAUCGAGCGCAGGGCUCAUGGAGGAAGUUUGAUCUUGUAGUGGAGUACGGGAAGUUCUGUCGGACGGUGUUUGGUCGGUGCAGGGAGUGGACCAAAGUCCCUCAUACAUCUUCAUUCUAA